AGGGCGGCAGGCAGGCAGGCAAGUCACUUCCCUCCGACGACGCCGUUGCCGCGCGUCCUUUGCACCCGGGGAGAGAGGGCCGGUUGGGGGCCUUGGCCGGAGGAGGCAGCCGCGCUCAGGUCGGGAAGGGGGGCUGCCGGGAGAGCCGCGCCGUGCCGUGCCGGGACCCUCCGAGCGCUGCGUAAAGGAGCCGCAGGCAGACAACGAGCUCCCCGCCCCUGACCCCCUUUCUCCUCCUCGUCGAAGCUUCCCUUCGCCUUCCGCCCCCGCGACGCGGCGAUCUCGCCUCUGCAGACGCUCCAGCCGGGCAAAGGCCUCGUGGUUUCCGUUGCUCUCCGGCAGCCUUUAGGGAGCCAUGGAGAAGAUUAAGGAAGCCGUGGAGCGGGCCAGGAGCGCCUUCAACACCGGCAAAACACGCCCCUUGGAAUUCAGAAUCCAGCAGCUGAAGGCCAUCGAGAGGAUGCUGAAAGAGCGAGAGAAGGAGAUCACCGAGGCCCUCAAAGCGGAUCUCAACAAGAGCUGCUACAACUCCUUCAGCUAUGAGAUUAUGGUGGUCCUGCUGGAACUCGAGAUAGCCGUGAGCAAGCUUCCGGAAUGGGCCGCCCCGCAGCGGGUGGAGAAGAGCAUCAUGGUGCUGAUGGACGAAGCCUACAUCCACCAUGAGCCACUGGGUGUGGUCCUGACCAUCGGGGCCUGGAACUACCCCUUUGCCCUCGUAAUGCACCCUCUGGUCGGGGCCAUCGCGGCAGGGAACGCUGUCGUGGUCAAGCCCUCCGAGGUCAGCGAACACACCGCGAAGCUCCUGGAGGAGCUGCUCCCACAGUACCUGGACAAGGACUUGUACCCAGUUGUCACCGGAGGGAUCCCCGAGACGACCGAACUGCUGAAGCAGAAAUUCGACCACAUCAUCUACACGGGCAACAGCUCCGUGGGCAAGAUCGUCAUGGAAGCCGCCGCCAAGCACCUCACGCCCGUCACCCUCGAGUUGGGCGGGAAGAGCCCCUGCUACAUUGACAAAGACUGUGACGUCGAUGUGGCUUGCAGACGGGUCGCGUGGGGGAAGUACAUGAACUGCGGCCAGACCUGCAUUGCUCCCGACUACGUCCUGUGCGACCCGUCCAUCGAAGGCCGAGUCGUGGAGGGCAUAAAAAAGGCCCUGGCGGAAUAUUACGGCGAGGACGUCAAGAAGUCCCCCGACUACGAACGGAUAGUGAACAAGCGGCACUUCAAGAGAAUCAUGGGGUUGCUGGAAGGGCAGAAGGUCACUUACGGCGGGGAAGCUGACGAAGCCAGCUGCUUCAUAGCACCCACCAUCCUCACCGACGUCAACCCCAACUCCAAGGUCAUGCAGGAGGAGAUCUUUGGCCCCAUCCUUCCCAUUGUCACCGUAAAGAACCUUGACGAGGCCAUCCACUUCAUCAACCACCGAGAGAAGCCACUGGCUCUGUACGUCUUCGCCAAAGACAAGGCGAUCAUCAAACGGAUGAUCGCCGAGACCUCCAGCGGUGGCGUGACGGCCAACGACGUCCUCAUGCAUUUCACGCUCCCCAGCUUGCCGUUCGGCGGGGUCGGCCACAGUGGGAUGGGGGCCUACCACGGCCGCUUCAGCUUCCAGACCUUCUCCCACCAGCGGUCCUGCCUCGUCCGGUCCCUCACCAUGGAAGGCAUCAACAAGGUCCGCUACCCGCCCGGCAGCCAGAAAAAGGUGGACUGGGCCAAGUUCUUCAUUUUGAAGCGGUGCAACAAAAGCAAGGUCGGGCUUGUUGUCCUCGCCGUUCUGGGAGUCUUCUUGGCUGUCGCCAUAAAGAACCGCCGUCCUGUGCUAGGGCUUAAGCGCCUGCUGGCUGCCCUGGCCGGGCGGAGGCUGUGGAAGCUGGAUAGGGGCUGUCGCAAUUCCUGAUUGGAAGCCCGCCUGUUUUCUGGGGAGUUCGGCUUUUUCUGAGACCGAGGCCACCGCCCGCCGGAAUGGGAGACGCUCUCGUCUGCGACCGGGGUGGGGGUGGGGGGGCUGUUCAGCACUCGGAUACGCAUAACUUUUUUCUUACUGAUGAUUAAUCGCACAAAUGGAGAAUUAGAGCUGCUUCUCCCCCCCCCCCCCAAAAAAAAUAUUCUCCUUCUGUCGAAAAGUGAGUGUUAGGACCGGGGAGGGCUGCCACCACAUCCUCUCGGUCCAGACUAACCGGCACGAAGCCUCGGCAGGCCUUGCUUUGGGGGGGGGGGUUUCCCUCAGAGUAUUUUGGAGAGAGCUUCUCUGUCCUGCAGCCCACACUGAAAGAUCUGUGUCGGUGUCCCUCCUCCCCCCUUUAAAAAAAAAAGCCGGGACUUGGUCUUUCAAAGGCAGCCAGCGAUCAGGCGCUUUCUCUGUGCCGUUUGCGAGAGCGAUAAAAGAAGCGGAUCGGUUUAGCGACGGAUCUUUCCAAACACCCAGACGGCCUUAAAGCAAUGCUCUUCCUUCGUAUCUUCAGUCUCAUUCCACUUUUAAGUCCAUUUUGGCCUAACGCUUGAGGCUGCUGAUCCAGUCCAGGGCCUGCUUCUUGAUGACCGUUUGCAGCCAUGGAGUUCUCCUGACACACACACACCCACUGGGGCAGGAUGUGACCUGCACCUGGGCAGUCCCCCCACAGGGGGGUGAAAGGGGAGCAAGGAAAACAGCAACAGCAACAGGAAAGCUUUUCGGCACAGGAGCAGUUGGGUAGGAUCCGAUGCUCUCGGUCCAGCAUCUUCCCCUUUACGCAAGAGGCCCUUUUCCUUUUCAAUGGACGGUGGCGUGCCAAAGACAUUCUCUUUGAGGCUGGGGUGUCUUCUGUCUUGCUAGAUAACCUCACCUGCUAUGCUGUGCUUGUAAAACAGAGCAGAUUGAACUUUUUAAAAAAAUGGCUACUGAUACUGUUUUCUAAAGAUCUGUGGUAUAUGCCUGUCUCCCACAAAUUGGGGUGGGGUGGGGGACGUUAACAGAAGAUUUCUAGAGGUGGGUUUACUUUGUCUGAUCUCGGUGAGCAGAUGAAUUUUGCAGAGGAUAGGUGGGCGUGCUUCCCGUUGGUCCUUUUUUUUAAAGCACUUCCCGUCUCUUUUUUUUUUUAAAAAAGGAAUCCUCUUAAAGUACUUUAAUCUUUAAGGACAGAGAAUGACCAAGAUUAGAAUGAAUAAAAAGCAUUAUAUUGAAAUAUAACAUCCAUCCAAUGUUUAAUAUAUAAUUAAACUUGCAUACAUCACAUAUAUACUUUGUGUGUGUGUUGGAAAUAAACAUUAUUAAACCCA